AUGAGUACUAAAAAUCCAGAGCCAGAGAUAACAAGAAAGGUUCGACUCAGAGGGAUUAUUCCAAUCGCUCUUACUAACGACAAAAAGAAAUUUGAGUUUUCGAUCGGAAAAGAUAACCCUUCCCUCUCUUUCUCUUCCGAUUUCAACCCAACAAACCCACCUAGUUUCAUUCCUUCACUCCAUCAAAAACACAUCCAAAUUCGAUCGCAAAACGAUCUGCGUGUCAAAAUCCCAACUUUUUCCUCACUUCUGUACCCAUCAUCAUACCUUUCAACGCCAUCAACACCAACCCAUCAAACCCAUUUUAAGAAUGAGUCCAUUUCCAACAAUUCAUCAACAAACAAAACCGUUCUUUCAACACCCCACAAAAGGCCUGUAAUGUCUCAAUCUCCUUCAACUCUUGCGCAUUCCCCAACUCUUACUUCCCUCCACCACCAAAAAGCCUCUGUGUUUGACUCACAAUCUUUUCAAUCAUCCUUUCUCUGUUCUGCCUCUUUUCCAGUAAUUUUGGCCACGAAAAAAUUGACUUUCAAACUGAUUCACCAUUCUUGCCAUACCCGGUGGCUUAGAGUCCAUAUGAAGCUUUUCAUUCUUCUUUCUUUGCCUUCCUUUUACGUCUUCACCUCAAAUCAUAAGUGGUCCUUUCUUCUUUAUUUUCUAUAUGUUCUUGCUUUUUCAGCUAUUCUCGUGAUUUCUUUCAGUCUUGCUCUUCCUCGCCUUCCUUCAAUUCGCCUAUUUCUUGCCCGCACACUGUGCAUUAAGCUUUCCUCAUCAAACACUGCCACAAAGCCCCAUCCUACAGUGGUUUGGUCAAUUGGGUCGAAGCCCAAAUCGGAGAAAAGGUCGAAUUCCGGGUCUUGGGUUCGAGUUUAUAGCAGUGGAGAUGUUUAUGAAGGUGAAUUCCACAAAGGGAAGUGCUCUGGAAGUGGGGUGUACUACUAUCAUAUGAGUGGGAAGUAUGAGGGUGAUUGGGUUGAUGAGAAGUUUGACGGGUAUGGUGUUGAGACUUGGGCCAAAGGGAGUCGAUAUCGCGGGCAGUAUAGGCAGGGACUGAGGCAUGGUUAUGGUGUGUAUAGGUUUUACACUGGUGAUGUUUAUGCUGGAGAGUGGUGUAAUGGGCAGUCUCAUGGGUGUGGAGUUCAUAAUUCUGAGGAUGGGAGCUGUUAUGUUGGGGAGUUUAAGUGGGGGGUCAAACAUGGGCUUGGCCAUUACAAUUUCAG